AUGGCUGCCAACAAUAGUUCCUGCAAACCCAUCCUGACGCCCCACCUCACCUGGCUGUACGGCGCGGUGCUCAUCGGCGGGCUGGUGGGCGUCAUCUCCAUCUUGUUCCUCCUCGUGAAGAUGAACACGCGCUCGGUGACCACCACGGCGGUCGUGAACCUGGUGGUGAUCCACAGCGUCUUCCUGCUCACCGUGCCUUUCCGCCUGGCCUACCUCAUCAGGCACCGGUGGCUCUUCGGCUUGCCCUUCUGCAAGUUCGUGAGCGCCAUGCUGCACAUCCACAUGUACCUCACGUUCCUGUUCUACCUGGUGAUCCUGGUCAUCAGGUACCUCAUCUUCUUCAAGCGCAAGGACAAGGUGGAGUUCUACAGGAAGCUGCAUGCGGUGGCCGCCAGCGUGGGCCUGUGGCUGCUGGUGAUUGUCAUCAUGGUGCCCCUGAUCGCUUCCCAGUACGGGAGCCUUGAAGUGUACGACAUGCACAACUGUUUUAACUUCCACAAAGAGCUCACCCGUACGUACGUGCGGGUCAUCAACUAUUUGAUAGUCACCGUUGUCAUCGCCAUCGCGCUGGUUCUCCUGGUCUUCCAGAUCUUCAUCAUCAUGACCAUGGGGCGGAGGCUGCGCCACUCCCUGCUGUCCCACCAGGAGUUCUGGGCCCAGUUGAAAAACCUGUUCUUCAUAGGGGUCAUCAUGAUCUGCUUCCUCCCCUACCAGCUCUUUAGGAUCUAUUACUUGUACACGGUGGCACGCUCCAAUGACUGUAACAACGAGAUUGCAUAUUAUAACGAGAUCUUCUUGAGUGUGACGGCGAUUAGCUGUUUUGACUUGCUGCUCUUUGUUCUUGGGGGAAGCCAUUGGCUUAAGCAGAAGACAAUUGACCUGUGGAAUUACCUCUUGUGCCAUUAA